AUGUUAGCAGCAGCGCAAGAGGCGGCAUAAAGGGAUCCUGGAUAAGCAAGUCAGUAUUACGGGAGAAGAUCGAGGUUGGCCGGAUUGAGGAGUAGUCUCAGUGACUGAGGCUUCGGAGGGAAGGUACCUGAUCUGGUGAACAUGGCUCCGGGUCGGAAAGGAAAGGGUAAAAGUAGCGGCGAGAGAGGCAACAAGGGCACUACAUCGUUGUUUAUCCUUUCGGAAGAUAAUUGGAUACGGUUGAAGGUACGCAGUGUCACCGAGUGGCCGCCCUUCGAGUACGCCGUCCUGUUCACCAUCAUCGCCAAUUGCGUGGUCCUCGCCCUCGAGGAACACUUGCCGAGGAACGACAAGACCAUACUCGCAGAGUCGCUCGAGUCCACGGAGAUGUACUUCCUUACGAUCUUCUGUAUCGAAGCGAGCCUCAAAAUUAUUGCCUUUGGCUUCGCCCUCCACCGCGGCUCAUACCUGCGCAACAUUUGGAACAUCAUGGACUUCUUCGUCGUGGUGACCGGGAUCAUCACGUCGCUAUUCGGAGACCUGGAUAUAGAUCUGCGCACGUUGCGUGCGAUACGCGUGUUGCGACCACUCAAACUUGUCUCCGGCAUACCGAGUCUUCAGGUGGUGCUCAAGUCUAUCAUUAAGGCGAUGGCGCCGCUUCUGCAGAUCGGCUUGCUGGUACUCUUCGUCAUCGUGAUAUUCGCCAUUAUCGGCCUCGAGUUUUAUUCGGGUAUCCUGCAUAAAGCGUGUUAUACUAUAGAGGACAAUGCAAUCGUACAGGAGGGGGAUAUAACAACUCCGUGUAGCACAGACAACAAAAAUGAUGCCCCGUCCGGGUCCCACGUGUGCGAUGCGAAUGUCUCGACGUGCAGGAAUAUCUGGGAUGGACCAAAUUCGGGCAUCACCAGCUUCGAUAACAUCGGAUUCGCCAUGCUCACUGUCUUCCAGUGUAUCACUAUGGAGGGCUGGACUUCCAUAUUGUAUUGGACAAAUGACGCUAUUGGCAACAGGUACAACUGGAUUUACUUUAUACCAUUGAUCAUCCUUGGAUCAUUCUUCAUGCUGAACUUAGUUCUUGGUGUCUUGAGCGGAGAGUUUGCGAAGGAGAGAGAAAAGGUGGAGAACCGGCAGUCCUUCCUGAUGUUACGAAGACAGCAGCAGCUUGAGCGCGAAUUGAAUUGUUAUCUCAAUUGGAUCUGCAAAGCAGAGGAGGUGAUACUCGCCGAAGAGAGGACCACGGAAGAGGAGAAAAUGUACAUAUUAAAAGCAAGAAAAAAAGCAGCGGCAAAGAAAAAAAAGUUGAAAAAUCUUGGCAAGAGCAAGAGCACUGAUACAGAGGAGGAGGAAGGCGAAGACGGCGAAGACGAUGGAUUCUCGAGAGCCUCCUACUUUAAGAAGUUGAAGAAGCAUGGCACGUGCCUACAGUUUUGGCGAGCUGAGAAAAGAUUCAGAUUUUGGAUACGUAAUUCCGUCAAGUCGCAACAGUUCUAUUGGUUCGUCAUCGUUCUUGUGUUCUUUAACACCGUUUGCGUGGCCGUCGUGCAUAACAAUCAGCCCAAAUGGCUUACCGAUUUUCUCUAUUUCGCAGAGUUUGUGUUCCUGGGGCUCUUUAUGAUGGAGAUGUUCAUAAAAGUUUACGCACUCGGUCCUCGCGUAUACUUCAAAUCGAGUUUUAAUCGCUUCGACUGCAUCGUCAUCUCGGCCUCGAUCUUCGAGGUGAUCUGGUUCGAGUUGAGAUGUGACUCUUUCGGCCUCUCCGUCCUACGUGCUCUUAGACUCUUGAGAAUUUUUAAGAUCACCAAAUACUGGAAGAGUCUGAGGAAUCUCGUGAUAUCGCUGCUAAAUUCGAUGCGCAGCAUCGUUUCCCUUCUCUUCCUACUCUUCCUCUUCAUCCUUAUAUUCGCGCUGCUCGGUAUGCAGCUAUUCGGUGGCCAAUUCAAUUUCAAAGGUGGCACGCCGCCCACUAACUUUAACACCUUUACCAUUGCACUACUCACUGUCUUCCAAAUCUUGACUGGAGAAGACUGGAACGAAGUGAUGUAUAAGGGUAUCGAGUCGCAGAGCAUGGCCUAUUCAGUUUACUUCAUCGUGCUGAUGCUUUUCGGUAACUACAACGUCUUCUUGGCUAUCGCCGUUGACAAUCUCGCGAACGCGCAAGAACUAAGCGCCGCCGAGGAGGAGAAGCAGGAGGAGGAUAAGGAAAAACAGCUGCAGGAACUCGAGAAGGAGAUCGAAUCUUUGCAGAGACCCGCGGACGCACCGAGGACGGAAAUCUGCCCUCCAACGCAGAAUUUCAGAGACGGAAAAAUUGAAACCCAGACAUCCGAAGAGAGGAGGCAGGACGACACGGGACCAAAACCAAUGCUGCCAUACUCCUCCAUGUUUAUACUGUCCCCUACGAAUCCCAUAAGAAGAGGUGUCCAUUGGAUCGUGAACUUUCGAUAUUUCGACUUCUUUAUAAUGCUGGUGAUAUUGUUGUCGAGUAUCGCGCUGGCCGCCGAGGAUCCUGUUGUACAGGAUGCGAAAAGAAACAAGAUCCUCAGCUACUUCGAUUACGCGUUUACCGGCGUCUUUACCAUCGAAAUGGUGCUGAAAAUCAUCGAUCUUGGUAUCAUACUGCACCCGGGCUCAUACCUGCGCGAGUUCUGGAACAUUAUGGACGCGAUUGUAGUGAUAUGUGCUAUGGUGUUAAUCGUCUUUGACAUACUCGAUAGCUCUUCUACGGUCAGCCAGAAUCUUUCGAGCAUCAAAUCACUACGAGUGCUGCGAGUACUCAGACCGCUUAAGACAAUAAAGCGCUUGCCGAAGCUCAAAGCGGUAUUCGACUGCGUGAUAAACAGUCUCAAGAAUGUCAUGAACAUUCUCAUAGUGUACAUAUUAUUUCAAUUCAUAUUCGCCGUAAUUGCGGUGCAGUUGUUUAACGGUAAAUUCUCCCACUGCACCGAUGAGAGCAAAUAUAAAGUAGAGGAUUGCAAUGGUUAUUUCUUCGUUUUCGAGGAGGGUGAAAUACUACCGAAGUUCAAGCCUCGGAAGUGGGAAUCCCAGUGCUUUCACUACGACAACGUGUUGAUGGCUAUGCUGACGUUAUUCGCUGUCCAGACCGGCGAAGGCUGGCCACAGAUCUUGCAAAACUCGAUGGCGGCUACAUACGAGAACCAUGGCCCUAUCCAGAACUUUCGUAUCGAAAUGUCCAUUUUCUACAUCGUCUAUUUCGUCGUCUUUCCAUUCUUCUUCGUCAACAUCUUCGUGGCCUUGAUUAUCAUCACAUUCCAGGAGCAGGGAGAAGCUGAAUUGCAGGAUGGUGAAAUCGAUAAAAAUCAGAAAUCAUGUAUAGACUUUAUAAUACAAGCUCGUCCGCUCGAGAGGUAUAUGCCGAAGGAGCGGAAUAGCGUUCAGUACAAAAUCUGGAGGAUAGUUGUAUCUACGCCAUUUGAAUAUUUUAUCAUGAUACUCAUCGUAUUGAACGCAGUAUUGCUUAUGAUGAAGUUCUAUCAGCAAAGCGAAUUAUACGAGAACAUCCUGAAGUACAUGAACAUAUUCUUCACGGGGAUGUUCACUGUCGAGUGCGUACUGAAGAUCGCAGCAUUCGGCGUGAAGAACUUCUUCAAGGAUACUUGGAAUAUCUUCGAUUUUAUGACGGUGAUCGGCAGCAUUAUAGACGCCAUCAUGAUCGAGUUGGGGGAGAACCUCAACAUCGACUUUCUGAGGCUCUGUCGCACCGCCAGACUGCUCAAACUACUAAAACAGGGGUUAACGAUACUCCGGACCUUCGUACAAUCCUUUAAAACUCUACCGUACGUUUGUCUUCUCAUAGCAAUGCUGUUCUUCAUCUACGCUGUCAUCGGUAUGCAGGUAUUCGGUAACAUCAAGCUGGAUGCUGAUACCUCUAUUACGAGGCACAACAAUUUCCAAAGCUUCAUACAAGGUCUGAUGCUACUUUUCCGGUGUGCCACGGGCGAGGCUUGGCCAAACAUUAUGUCAUCCUGCGUAACUGACAGUCCCUGCGAUCCAAAAGCGAAGUCCAAAAGUUGUGGCUCCAACAUUGCCUAUGCUUACUUCGUGUCGUUCAUUUUCUUCUGUUCAUUCAUCAUGCUGAAUCUCUUCGUCGCCGUCAUUAUGGACAACUUCGAUUACCUCACGCGGGACUCGUCGAUCCUGGGCGCACAUCAUCUCGAUGAGUUUGUGCGGAUCUGGACUGAAUAUGAUCCAAACGCCACUGGCAAGAUCCACUACACGGAGAUGUACGAUAUGCUAAAGAAUAUAGAUCCACCAUUGGGGUUUGGCAACAAGUGUCCAAAUCGACUUGCGUAUAAGAAGCUCAUUAGAAUGAAUAUGCCAGUGGACAGUGAUGGCAAGGUGAACUUCACGACAACAAUGUUUGCACUCAUUCGUGAGAAUCUCAGCAUAAAAAUGCGAUGCGCCGAUGAAAUGAAUCAAGCCAAUGAAGAACUGCGGAACACGAUCAAAAGUAUUUGGCCUUUACAAGCAAAAAAGAUGUUGGAUCUUUUGAUACCUAGGAAUGAAAAAUUGAGUAGAGACAAGCUCACCGUGGGUAAGAUAUAUGUCUGCCUUCUGAUACUCAAAAAUUGGAGGUUGACGAAGUUGAGAAUUUGUCAGCUAAAGUCUACCGAACAGAAUGAUGACAAUAGUGCUGGACGAAGUCCUGCAGCCAAGGAGCUUCAAGACGUCAUACCAUCCGACUCACGUACUGGUAGCCUCGAGAGUCUCACGCACCCUGGUGAUAGAGUCCUUCGUCCACAUCCCACGUUCGCGCUCCUCUCUAGACGUUCACGAUCACCAAAUAUAAGAAGACACUCGCCAAUAAUAUCUAGAUCGCCAUCGCCAAAGCAACAAAGCCGGUAUGACCAUCAUGAUUAUCACGAUGGACCAGGGUUUAGCGACACCGUUAGCAAUGUCAUCGAGAUACAAAGGCACACUCAUCAUCCCCGUGCAUCACAAUAUAAUCAUCGGCACAGGAUACGAGACUAUUACGACCACUGCGACUAUUACGAUGAUCUAUGGAGCGCGUCGACGAGUCCGGUCAGGUCGCCAAGUCCGGUUCACAAGAUCGAACGUAGUGGCCAUUAUGGCACGACAAAUCUGGAGCAGCGUUCGAGGAGCCCGAGCCCGAUAGGCAAUGGUCGUCCGCGUCAUCAUCGCCAUCAUCCGUAUCAACACAGCUAUCCAGUGCUGGUCGCGAGAAGAGGCCAGGGUCGCCGGCUGCCCCCGACGCCGAACAAGCCAUCGACUCUACAGCUGAAACUGACCAACAUCAACUUCCCCAAGCUGAAUGCCUCGCCUACUCACGGACCGCAUGGCAUGGCACCGAGUGGACUGACUCACGUGCCAGUGGGACCUGUAUUCGAUCAUGUUCUGCAGCAUCCACAUCCGCCGUCGUACAUGCCAUCUUCCAUGCAAUCGAAUCAUCAUCCGUUGAACUUCGAGCAGAUUGUCGCGAUCAGUCGCGGUCGUCUAUUACCUAACCCGAUACCCAACGGUUACAAACCACAAUCGCAAUUCAAGCAAAGAGCAUCUAGAUCGAAGUACUCGAACAGUGACGAGGACGAUUGGUGCUAGUCAAAAUAGGACUGUGGUCCGGUGACGUGGACGCCCCCAGGCAUCUCAGGGUUUGCGCAUAAUAGUCAUCCACGCGUUGAUUUCGAUAUGAAAGUACGGAAGAACCGCGGUCGACGAGCUCGAAGCUUCUGGAGGUUUCCUCCAGAUUUCGACUGGCCAAAGAGGAACUUCAUGAAAGAGUUUUUCCAGUUAUGACAUUGCGGCGACCGAAAGAGAUCUAAGUUGAAAACAAGGCAAACGAUUCCAAACGGACGAUAUUCGGAGCGAUUUCCGGUGGCUGAAUACGGCGACUGAACAGGGUCAGUAAAUACACACAAAAAAUCGAUUUCUUGCGCACAAGAGAAAUCGACGAAACUAUCACUCAUUUAUUGACGUCGUUAUGAAUCCGCGAACGAGGAAGAGUUCGACGUACGCGAUUCUACGAAUUGUUCGAGAUGCAAUCAAAUGAUUGGGGAAUUUCGAAAAUCCGAUCUUGGAGCCUGGAGAUCAGAUCAGAAGUAUCGGGAGCGAACGAUCGUCUGAUGCGAGGGAUUUGAAAGAUUAAUUUUAUUUAAUUGCUGUAGUCGAAGACGCUCUAUAUUGAUGCAAACGACGCACGAUGAAGCGAAGAUGGAUCUCUCGAGCGACGGCUACGUCGAGAGACAAGGUGGUAGAUUGCAGUGAAACUCAUCGUGAAUGACAGUGAUUGAUUAAUUGAGAGGACGUUCCGGGAGAGCUCGAAAUCCUCUGAUAUUAUAUUCGCGAGUUAUUAUUUCGAUCUUACUUCAGCUUAAUCGAACGAAGACCAUCUCGAGGAAAACUUACUUUUUACACGAUUUUCUGGAGGAGAGACUCAUCGAAUUGCGCUAUGAAAACGAAACGUUCACUUACGUGCGUGCGUAUUCAUGUAUGUAUGUAUGUUCGUAUGAUCUUGUGCGUGUAUGCGUGUAUAAGAAAACCCACUUCCCCCAUAAUUAGUCGGAAAUCGCGACUGAUGUACCGAAUCAUUCCAUUUUCACUCGUGAAAAUUAAGUCGCACCGAUUAAGUAAUGUUAAUUGUUCAACGACGACAAUUGAAGGACUAUUGAGGGAAACUGAAGCGAGAGAAUGGAAAGACGCAAUAGUAAUUAUGUAGUUUCAGGAUUCGAUAAAGCUUACAUCGUUACUUUCAAUUUUAAAAAUUAAAAAAUUAAACAAAAUAAUUUGACAUGACGAUGUUUUAUUUUGAAAUCUAAAAAUCUGUUUUGUAUUUCUUCGCUUCACUAUAAGCAUCGUUGGACGAUUCGUCGGGAAAUUCAACCGUGCGAACAGAACGCACUGCCAAACGGAUAUUUCAUAAUGAAUAAAGAAACCAAUAAGAAAAGAAUUAAUAGAAUUAGAAGUUAGAUUAAAAGUCGAAACAAAAGAUUCUAAUAAUUCUGCCAGGAUUUAAGUCAGCUCCAUUUUGACAUUGACAAAAUCCGAUGAACUCGAGAUCUUAAUCAAAUGCGAAUAAUUAGAAAUCGCUUCGCCGAGAAAGAGAGAGAGAGAGAGAGAGAGAGAGAGAGAGAGAGAGAAAGAGAGAAAUAGAGAGAUGCGCAAGAACUGCCGUUACAAGAUACCAAUAUUGUUUACAGUCGCGGUUCUUGUAAAAUCGACAUGCAAGACGAUUGUAGUUAUCGUAAGAGUAAACUCAAGGAACAGAAGGAAGAAGAAAACGAACAUAAACGUUGUCGUUAAUUUGCGCGGAUAUUGCUUCACGAUUAGUGCCAAUCAACAGUGAUAGGAAAAAGUUCAGGAAAUGAGGACCAUGAUUGAGAAAUGCGCAUUUGAAAUGCAGAAGGAUGAAUAAUUAUCACGAGAUAACGGGAGAGGGAAGAGGCGUAAAAGGAAAAGAGAGAAAGAGAAUCAAUGACGCGGAGAG